ACAUGGAAACAUGGCUGUGUUUAUAGAUUUGAAUAUUAAUUACACAACCGAUAAAAAACGACUUCAGCAUGUUAUUGCAACAGCAGCGCACCGUAACUAUGUUUGAUCUUUUUCACAUUUGCAAAACUGUUUAACUAGCACAAACCUUUAUGCAUAAAGCCAUGGCUACCUGACUAACGUUAUGUUAGCUAGCAGCUCACCGUAACUAGCUAUGUUUUAUCUUGUUCCCAUUUGCAAAACUGUUAAGCUAACACUAACUUCAGAUUCGCUGAUUCGUCUUUGCUAACGUCUACGCGCUAGUUCAUCGCUUGAGGCAACCCUCAAUAUGUCGUCGUAUGAUGGACCAGACCUAGCUGAAAGAUGUCUUGAUUGAUUUGCUAAUCAAGUACUGUAAUGUUUUCAUGUUUCAGUUGGAUACUCCACAGUUGCCAUCAAUUAUGUGGUUGAUUUGCAACAAAAGAAACAGGUAGGCUCGGUGUUCCCUGUUUUAUAACUCACCAAGUCAAGAGAGCUGUCCUCAACUUUGUUAAUAACAUUUGUUUGCUUAUGUUUACAGGGAAUUGGUAAACCAGAAUGUGUCUCAGAGCUGUAUGAUACAUUCCCCAUAGUGCAGGUAGUGUGGAGUAAUAGUAAUGUUGAUAUAUAAGGUACUACUUUUUCAUGAUGAUAGCUCACAUUUCUCCAUGCAUUGGGAUAGUAACUAAAUAUAUCUGCUCUUUUUUUGCACUGGGUAAAUCCAGAACAAUCAAGGUUUUAAACCGACUGACAGUUGUGGCCUCAGACCCAUCACACUUUAGACCAACUGCAGAGUACAAAGCCUAUGACUUAGUGGCUGUCUAUCCUAAAACAGAGAAGUUGUUUCAUGCAGCUUGCAUGACAUUCGAUGUUGACAUCAUCUGUGUAGCAGUGACAGAAAAACAACCCUUCUUUUUCAAAAGAUCUCCAGUAAAUGGGCCCCUUGAGUUGAGAGGACCCUAUGACAUUGGCAACUUGUAUCCUUACAUUACCUUCUACAGUACUUGAUGUAGGCUACUAGAAUAGAGUGCAGACUUAUGCAGGUGUGAUGAGGCCAACCUGUGUCAGUGCUGUUGUCCUGAAUGAAGACCAGAGGCCUACUUUUUGGCCUGUCCGAAGGAGAUGUCCACUUACAUGGAGGUGAAUAGGCUGCUGUUUAUUGGUCGAUCAAUUGAAUACGUUGUCAAAUCACAAAUGUUAUCUUCACUUGGGCAACUCACUGUCCCGUUUAACCAUCAAUGGAAUGUUCUUUUUGUAAUUUAUCAUGUAACACUGUCAUUAAACUAUAUUUAUUACAUGUUUAUCAGUCUCAAAGCAGAAUUUGUGGCACAGGAAAACCAAUUAAUGUACUGUGUUGUCAAUACGGAAACAAGAAAGACUGCCUUGGGUAUUGUACACACUAUGAAGAAAGACCAGCCAUUGACUGAGAGACAGGAGGAUGUUCCAGCAUCAAAGAGGGCUAAGAUUGAGACUGCAUAGUAGAAAGUAAAAUACUUUUGGAUGAAUAGAGAAUGUGUUUAUGUAAAUGCCCUUUUAUGAAUAUCCUUAUUUGUGUUAAUGUGACUGUUUUCUAAUGGUCAGUGGGUAUAUAGUAUGUCAUGGAUCAGCAACUAUGAUGAUGCUUGUUCGUUUUAGACAAAAUAAUCAAAUUCAGAUAGCAAAGGCAGUGCUGUCUAUUUAAUACAUUUACAGGUAAACAUGUAAAUACAAAAACAUACUUCAGGAAGUGUAUUAAUAUACUACACAAGCAUUUUCAAAUCCUGUAUUCUCACUGACUACCACAAAACCAGGUUGAAGCCACAGGCUUGCUUUCUGCGGAACAGUAUUGUUUUUUCUUUUUACAUUAAAGACAAAUAAAGAAUGUAUCAAUUCAAAGUCA